CAUUACCAGAGAGAAAAAGGUCGCCACAACACACGGCCGUCUGUUGUGGCGACCUUUUCUUUUUAUAGUUUCGGCGCAUUUAACAGAGCGCAACGAUUGUUUUCCUGAAUGGAACGAAGAUUGAAGCAGGGAAUCAGUUUGAACGUGUUUUAGAAGUUGUGCAGGAAACUGUGUCAGUGUCCCCUCAGUUGUCUUAGACAAACAAGAAAACACUUUCUGUAUGUGUCUAUGUUGCGAUUGAGGCGAGAAAAAGGAGGGAGAUCAGAUCAAGGUCAUUUCAUGGGUUCCGCUCCUGCACCCUGUGGAGGUUGCUUUGAAGAGGGGACCUUGCGAUGGAGUUUUCCAGCGUUGACUCAACGCUGGAAAUUAUCAAGUCUUUCGUGACGAAAUGACCAUGCAGCGUGCAAUCCGCGUAACGAGUGUCGACGAAACGUGUGACCAUGAAAAGUUCCACGAAACGUAAUUCCACAAAACGAGUUUCGACGAAACGAUAGGCGCCCCUGCGCGUUAUCGCGGCUGCAGUGUUGCGCAGCUGGCGGGUCCGUCUCUUAACUUUUCUUUUCUUGCCCACCGAAACUUUUAUUGACUCUCUUUCCAACUUUUCUUCGUCCAAUUUUAUUUUAAAAAUUGUUGUUUUAGUUUCUAUUUCUUAAGAUUUGUAAAAUAUGGGGCACAGUUUAAUUUUAUUUUUUUUUUCUUUCUAGUAUGGUGACCUGCUAGCCGUUGAGCCAGCCUCUCGUUACUUACGCGACCAUUUUAGAAGCUCGAAAAAUAAAAGAGUGAUUUCGAAAGGGAAAAUAUAGCUCGAAGCACGUUGCGCGAAACCAAGUUGGAACUCGGAGUGCCACGUGACCGGGUCGGGCCUCAGACGAGCGGGACCUCCGGGUUUCUCGGGGGGCGGUGUCCCUGCAGCGCACGAGCGUCGCCCCGUUCGUCCGGCAACGCGCGUCGUGGGGGUUCGUGGGCAACACAAGCUCAGGUUGCCCGGCGACGCGCUCCGUCAUGGCGUCGCCGCCCGGGCGGGACGCCGCUCGCAGCCGAGCGCCGUCCUGUGCCGAGCCCGGCGAGGGACCGACCGGGGAAAGUCUCCCGAAGACGUGCCCCGGGGACGCCUCGCUGGCCGAGGAAGCCCACCCGGUCAUCUCCAGGGUGCUGUUCGUCGAGAGCUCUCGCCAGUUCCGGGCGGUUGAACGGACAGCCCUCGCCGACGUCCGGGAAGACUCCCGGGAGACGACUUCGGCGCACGUGGCAGCGGCAGCCCAGGCAUCGUUCGCCAGGACGGCCCUCUUCUGUCGGGGCGUGCUGGCAGGCGUCGCCCUCUGGCACGCGGUCGCCGGGGCCACCCCCUUCUCCGGAGUCUUCCACGGCACCUUCUACCUGCUGAUCACCGUGUGUACCGUAGCGUCGUGCGACUUGAUCGACGGGAGCACGGGCGUCCGGAAGACGCUGGUGGCCUGCGUGUACCCGCUCACGCUUCUCGUCCACCUGACCAUCCACGGCUUGGACCGUCGCCUCGGACCCGAUGAAGAACUCCCGAGGGACAAGAGGCGGACCAGCCUGCAGCUGCUGCGUUGCGCGGGAGCGCUGAUGGCCUGGGCCCUGCACGCCAGCUGCGAGGACCGGGCCUAAACACGCCUCGACUGCGCAUAGGGCGACACGCAUUGCUGCCUGUUCGUGGAUCCUCAAUCCUGCCUGGCUUCACUCUGUCCGGUGUCGUGCGAGCAGCCCUGUCUCUCGAACAAUGCCUUUCACCGACUUCUUUCGGUAGGGAAACGAGUGAGUCCCCUAUGUGCUCCGUGGAAGCCGACAUCUAUGAUCUCCCCUCCUUCCACCAACCGUGUUUUUUCUUUUCUUCUUCUUUAGAUAAGAAUAGGCUCCCGCGUGUCCUUUUUCUUAGGGUCUCCGAGGCGAGAGCGCCGGCCUACGGAUCCCCA